UGAAAACCUUUGUCCACCCCACAUUAAUAACAAAUGUGGCAAUCAUAAUCGAACAUGCUUGCCACCCCAUAGUUGAAACCUUUUAUUCAACUCCUUUCUUCCUUAUCUAACAAAAUUAAAUAAAUUAAAAUUCUUCAUCUUAUAUACCCUGAAAUCCUUGUUGUACAUUGGCCCCCAGAAACAACAUUCCCCUGAUGGAAAAUUCUCAAACAAGAGCGUGCUAUGGCGCAAUCAUCGUUUUCCUACUGCUCAUCUCAACCACUCAGGCCAACUACCUGAGCCUGGUUAACCAGUUCUUGGCUCCUCAAAAUGCUGCUCGUGCCGCCAUUAGGGUGCGCCCAUUGGUGUGGGAUGCGAGGUUGGCGCGAUAUGCUCAGUGGUAUGCUAACCAAAGGCGCAAGGACUGUGCUUUGAGGCACUCCAAUGGACCGUACGGGGAAAAUAUCUUCUGGGGAAGCGGCAAUGGCUGGACGCCGGCUCAGGCUGCUGUGGCCUGGGUUUCAGAGAGGAAAUGGUACAAUUACUGGUCUAACUCCUGCGCCGGAGGGGAGGAAUGUGGGCAUUAUACACAGAUUGUGUGGAGCAGAACCAGAAGAGUUGGGUGUGCCAGGGUGACUUGUGAUGGAGGGAGAGGUGUUUUCAUGACUUGCAACUAUGAUCCUCCUGGGAAUUAUAUUGGAGAAAGACCUUACUGAAUUUCAUCAAUGAUUGCUUUCAUGAAAUUUUGCAAGUGGAAGUUUAUAUAUGAAGAUCAAAUGUGAGAUUAACUUUUCACAUAUAUAGAUAUAAUGUAUGGGGUUAGUGUGAUUUUAUAUG